AUGACUAUCGAGAUCAAAGAGUGGCGCGAAAAACUCGUUAGAGACAUUGGGAAACAUGCUGACAAGGCGAGAAACGAUCUGGAUGCAGAGUUGAAAAAGAAAAAACAGAUAAUUGGCGAUCAAUGCGAAAAAUUCAUGAAAAGAGCAGCUGUAGAGGAAAAGAAGAAAGCUGUGGAUUCCCUACGGCAAAUACGAGAUGAGUGGCAAAAUUUAGAAUUCAAACUAAACGAACUUCAACACCAGAAACAUGAAGUCGAAUAUAUUAGCGUCGCUGAAACAGAUAGCGAAGAACGAUCAACUGAAUCCAAGCGACUAUCAAUUGACCAAUCAUCAGUACAAAAUCAAGCCACGAAUGGCACUCACGAUAAUGAUAUGGACAGGAAUUCACCAUCAGCAGUCAACAAAGAAAUCAAACAGAACACAGUAAUGAUUCCAACCUCAUCAGAACCUGACCGGUCGCCACGCAACAGCGACAAUACUACAAUAGCAAAUGAACAAGAUGAUGAUGCAAGCAACAAAUGUCCUGCAUGUUUCAUGAUCUUUCCACAAAAUAUGAGCAAAAAUGAGCGAAAUGAACAUGUGAAUGAACAUUUUCCCGAUGGAGAAUCUUUUUGA